UAGAUGAAAACUGCUUACUAUGUUGAUGUUCUUCUGUUCUGUCAGCGCAUCAACCACGAAGGGAUAUGUCGAACUGGACAUUGAUGACUCCAGUACUUGGUUCAAAGACUUGGAUUCUCCCUCUGAUGUUGGGGAAGAGCUUCCCCCUCUGUCUCCCCCUCCGACCUUCGCCACUGUAGAGAAGGAGAACAAGACCGCCAAUGCUGUAGAGAAGGUGGAAGAGACUGGUAACCCUGUAGAGAAGGUGGAGAAGACUGGUAACCCUGUAGAGAAGGUGGAGAGAGAACCAUCAUCAGUUCCAGAGACUGGUGAAGCGGUGCCCCAAGGAGAAGAGAUGCACAAGGAGGGGACCGCAGAGAGCACUUUGCUGGAUACUGAGAGCCCAUUUAAAAAGCACGCUCCCAUCAAGACCUCCAGCCCCAUAAAGCGGCAGGAGAGGGAUGAGGACAAGGACAGAACAGCCUCUCCAUUGCUCUUGAUCUGUGAUGAUGAUGAUGACCACGGCCCUGUAAAGCAGCCUAUCACUGCCCUGACACCACAGUGCAACGGACAGGCAGCAGAUGGGGGAUAUGAUGCAGUCGGGCUCUCCUCCCUGUCGGUUUUCUCUCAGCAAACAAAAGACGCCAGUUCACAGUAUGCCGAAGAAGGAAGAGACACCUUGGAAGUUGACUCUGUCCUUGUGCAGCAUAGAGACAGAGCCAGAAGAGCCUCCCCAAACAAGCCCGUAUCCAGCAGUAGAACCCAAAGAACAACCAGCACCAGGGAAGAAGAGUUCUGGCCCACCACCGAGAAGAAGAGUCUGGCCCAACCACCCGAGAAGAAGAGUCUGGCCCAACCACCCCGAGAAGAAGAGUCUGGCCCAACCACCCGAGAAGAAGAGUCUGGCCCAACCACCCGAGAAGAAGAGUCUGGCCCAACCACCCGAAGAAAGGUCUGGCCCAACCACCCGAGAAGAAGAGUCUGGCCCAACCACGAGAAAAAGUCUGGCCCAACCACCCGAGAAGAAGAGUCUGGCCCAACCACCCGAGAAGAAGAGUCUGGCCCAACCACCCGAGAAGAAGAGUCUGGCCCAACACCCGAGAAGAAGCGUCUGGCCCAGCCACCCGAGAAAGAAGCGUCUGGCCCAGCCACCCGAGAAGAAGCGUCUGGCCCACACCCGAGAAGAAGCGUCUGGCCCCAACACCAGAGGAGGAGGCACCCUAGGAAAGCCCUGGCGUCUCCAGUGAGAGAAGCUCCUCUCACCGAUCUGGAGGAUGACUUCCUGAUCCUGGAGGACGAUGGUCCUUCCUGCUCUCCCUUCGCUGGAAGACUGACCCCAACAGGGCCACACCUCGACCGCAGCAGAAGGACCAAUCACACAGCAGUAACGACGCCUCAGCUGACACACUCACCAAGGAAGAAGAGGGACUCUAGUCCCCAGGGUGAUGGGCCUGUCGAGGCAGACCACAUAGAACAAGACCAGAAGAAGAAAGUCAACAACCCGUUAUCUGAACCAACGACAGCAGGUGACCUGGACCAGGAGGAGGGGCAAGCCUAA